AUGCAAUCAGGUCGUCUUCAGGAGUACGAGGUCAUUGGCCGCCACUUGCCCACCGAGGCCAACCCUACCCCGGCCAUGUACCGGAUGACCAUCUUCGCCCCUAACGAGACGGUCGCCAAGUCCCGUUACUGGUACUUCUUGCGUGGUCUCAAGAAGGUCAAGAAGGCCACCGGUGAGAUCGUCAGCAUCAAGGCGAUCCACGAGAAGCACCCCGAGAAGGUCAAGAACUUCGGUAUCUGGCUGCGAUACGACUCUCGCUCUGGCACUCACAACAUGUACAAGGAGUACAGAGAGCUGACCAGAACCGAUGCCGUCGAGUCCCUGUACUCUGACAUGGCUGCCCGCCACCGUGCCCGUUUCAGGUCCAUCCACAUCCUCCGUGUUGUUGAGAUCGAGAAGACCGCCGACAUCAAGCGCCCCUACAUCAAGCAGCUGGUUUCCAAGAACCUGAAGUUCCCUCUCCCCCACCGCAUCACCAAGACCAGCACCCAGAAGCUGUUCAGCGCGAAGCGACCAUCCACUUUCGCUUAA